AUGGGAAAAGGAACGGAUAAGCUAUACAUCACACACUCAGAGUGGGCAUCCGAAGAUGCCUUCUCGGCUAGCGCAGGCGCGGGCGUCUCCAAAGCCAAAAAGGGUGGCCCGCACGCCGCAUUCAAACGCCUGCCAUUCAAUUUCUGCUCCCUUUCCCUCCAACCUUUUUCGCAUCCCGUCUGCACAUCUACCGGCACACUAUUCGAUCUCACAAACAUUCUGCCAUGGAUCAAAAAGCACGGAACGAACCCUGUUGAUGGUUCGCCGUUGAAGGGUUCUGACUUGAUUAAGUUGACUAUUGCGAAGAACGAGGACGGUGACUACGUUGACCCGGUUACGUUCAAAAUUCUGACCGACAACACGCAUAUCGUCGCGCUACGUAACACGGGAAACGUCUUUGCUUGGGAUACUGUGGAACGAUUGAACAUCAAGGGCAAAUUGUGGCAUGACUUGGUAACGGAUGAAGAAUUCAGCCGCAAGGAUAUUAUCACGUUGCAGGAUCCGCAGAAUAUCGAGUCGCGCAAUCUCAGCUCGUUCAAUUAUAUCAAAGAAGGGGAGGCUGGACUGGUUGAGGAGCAACAGGCUUCGGGCAGCGUCAACACCGCUGCACUUGGCAACGCAGCGAAGAUCUUAAAAGCGAAAGAGGCCGUUGCUAAGGCGCGCUUGGAACGCUCUCAGCAGGCUGGUUCUGCCGCAGCUGGCUCCAAGGCUCUUUCAAAGACCGGCGCUGCAAAUUCAACUACCAAGACUGGAGGUUUGCAAGGCGGAAAGCCGACGCCUUACAAUGCUGCCAAAUUCACUACCGGAAAGGCUGCUGCUUCUUUUACCAGUACUGGUUUGACACCACACACAUCUGCCGAGCUUGCGCUACUAUCAGAGGAGGAAUACAUGCUGAAGCGUGGCCGGGUGAAGGCUAAAGCUUAUGCUCGGAUCGUGACCACAUCUGGGCAUUUGAACUUAGAGCUGUAUCCCGAAUACGCACCCAAAGCUGUGUGGAACUUUAUUCAGUUGGCCAAGAAGGGAUACUACAAGGAUGUCCCCUUCCAUCGCAAUAUCAAAGGCUUCAUGCUCCAGGGUGGUGACCCGACUGGAACCGGACGAGGUGGUGAGAGUAUCUGGGGGAAAUACUUCGCCGAUGAGUUCGAGGGUCCCUUGAAGCACGAUGCCCGAGGAACACUAAGUAUGGCCAACAAGGGCAAGAAUACCAACAGCAGUCAAUUCUUCAUCGCUUACCGUGCUCUCCCUCAUCUCAACCUCAAACACACCAUCUUUGGUCGUAUCAUUGACGACCCAACCCCUUCAUCUGUUACCCUGAACGCACUUGAAAGCCACCCUGUGGAAUCAUCCACCAACCGACCAACACCCGAUGUACGGAUCAAGGACAUCACCGUCUUCGUAGAUCCAUUCGAAGAUUUCCUAGCCCAGAAACGUGCAGAAGAAGCACGGAGCUCGGGAGCCGUUCAGCCCGAGGAAGACGAUGAGGCCUCGCGUCGUGUCGACGAUGACCGUGUCACCUGGACUGGCAAACGAGUUCGCGGUACCGGUGCCUCAUCCGGGGAUGGUGACUCUGGCGUUGGAAAGUACUUGAAGGCUGCCCUGGCGGAUCGAGAUGGACAAGAGGAGGAUGAGGUUGUUGAGUAUGUGGACGAAGAGCCAGUUCCCGAGCCUGCUCGUAAGAAGGCCAAGGGAGCAGGAGGCUUUGGUGAUUUUAGUUCGUGGUAA